AUCAUCCCGGGCUAUAAAAAAUUUGCACAGGCCAUUGCGGCUGAUAACUUUGUUCAGGCUGAUGUUCGUAAAAUUGAUACCAAUCUUUACCGUGUACGGCUCAGUAUCCGGGAUCGAUUGCUGUUUUCGCUGUAUCGUUAUCAUGGUGAAACUGUCUGCCUUGUACUGGAAUAUAUUCGCAAUCAUGCCUAUCACACUUCACGUUUUCUUCGCAAAAAUGUGGUUAUUGAUGAAGACCGCGUACAACAACAACCUGUGCCGGAUCCUGUUGAUAUAGCGACUGAAACACUGACGUAUAUCAAUCCGUCUCACGGGCGUUUUCAUCGUCUGGAUAAAAUGUUGUCCUUUGAUGAUGAGCAGCAGGCGUUGUACGAACAUCCGCUACCGCUGGUGAUUGUGGGAUCUGCAGGGAGUGGUAAGACGGCGCUGGUACUGGAAAAAAUGAAGCAGGCCGCGGGUGAUAUACUGUAUCUCAGCCUCUCCACAUUUCUGGUGGAAAAAGCACGAACGCUUUAUAACGCGUCGGGGGAAGGGAGUGAUGCGCAGAAUAUUGACUUUCUGUCACUGACGGAAUUCCUGGAAACCCUGCGCAUUCCGGAAGGCCGGGAGGUGACCUUCAGGGCAUUCAGCGACUGGCUGCCCCGCAACAGGACCACCGCUGCGCUGGGGUCUGCCCAUACCCUGUAUGAGGAGUUCCGGGGUGUGAUUGGUGCGGCCGUUUCCGGCAACGGACCACUGUCCCGGGAGGUGUAUCUGUCGCUGGGGGUACGGCAGUCGCUCUACAGUAUGGAUGAUCGCCCGACGGUCUAUGCCCUGUUCGAACGUUAUACGGCAUGGCUGAAACAGUCGCGUCAGUAUGACAGUAAUCUGCUCAGUCAUCAGUACCUGCCGCUGGCAGAGCCCCGUUACGAUGCCAUUUUUGUCGAUGAAGUUCAGGAUAUGACGCCUGUUCAGUUGCAACUGGUACUGAAAACAUUGCGUCAUCCCGGCCAGUUUUUGCUUUGUGGUGAUGCCAGUCAGAUUGUUCAUCCCAGCUUUUUCUCAUGGAGUUCACUUAAGAGCCUUUUUUUCCGGCAACACCAGGGGAACAAUGCUGCCAUUAAUAUCCUGCAGGCGAAUUACCGUAACGGGCACCAUAUCACCGCACUGGCUAACCGUCUGCUGAGACUCAGACAGGCCCGGUUCAGCGCCAUUGAUCGGGAAAGCCACCAUUUCGUCAGAAGCUGUGGUCAGACGGAAGGCGCAGUCCGGUUACUGGAAGACCGGGAAGAAAACCGACAGGAGCUGAACACCAAAACCUCACGUUCGAAUCGGGUGGCGGUCAUUGUGAUGCAUCCGGAACAGAAAGUACAGGCACGUUGCUGGUUCAGUACACCGCUGGUUUUUUCAGUUCAGGAGGUUAAGGGGCUGGAAUACGAAACGGUGAUCCUCUACAACAUGGUCAGCGGUGUCCGGCAGGCGUUUGAUGAUAUCUGUGAGGGGAUUUCUCUGGCGGAUCUUGAGGGUGAGUCCCGUUAUUCCCGUCCGCGGGACAGGCAGGAUCGUUCAGCGGAAAUCUACAGGUUUUUUAUCAAUGCGCUGUAUGUUGCGUUCACCCGUGCCACGCACAACGUGUAUCUUGUUGAACAGCAGGUGGCGCAUCCGUUGUGGCGCCUGCUUGCGCUCACGCAUCAGGAAGAGCAACUGAAUCUGCAGGAGGAGAUUUCCAGCCGUGAUGAGUGGCAGAAAACUGCACAUUUGCUUGAGAAACAAGGGAAGCAGGAGCAGGCGGAUACCAUCCGCAGCCGGCUCCUGCAGCAGUCUGAAGUACCGUGGCACAUCAUUACCGCAGAGGAAGCCCGGCAGUGGAAAGAACAGAUCCUCGCAGGCACGGCCAGUAAAGCCACACAACUGCAGGCGCUGGAGUACAGUCUGAUUUACUCCCUGUUUCCGCUGUAUAAUGCGCUGUACCGGGAAGAUUUUAAGCCCACCAGACAGUCCAGGGCGAAGAGUCUGCUGUUGCUGGAGCAGAAAUAUUUCCGGUCAUACUCGGUGAAUAACCCGGUUGCGGUGUUGCGGGAUAUUGAGCGUUAUGGUGUUGAUCACCGCUCGCCGUUUAAUCUUACUCCGCUGAUGUCAGCAGCCCGGGCAGGCAACAUUGCACUGGUUCAGUUACUGCUUGACCGUGGUGGAAGAACGGCUCAUCAAACUGGACAACCGGCAGAUGGCAAUGUUUCUGGUGCUCCUGAUGCAGGCACUGUUCUUCACGCAUCUGGGGAGUGCUCUGGCCUUUUCGGAAGCUUUCAGUGCGGCACGGCUGGCAGAGUGUGUGGCUCACCUUCCUGA